AUGUAUCUCUCCAACCACCCAACUAAAGAAGAAGCCUCCAAAUACGUGGCAUCGCUGAUAAUCAACCGAAUCAACACUUUCAAACCUAAUCAAAAUCGAAAAUUCGUAUUGUGUCUACCGACUGGAAGUACGCCUUUGCUCGUAUACAAGGAAUUGGCUAGGAGAUGCGAAGGGGGUGAAAUUAGUUUUGAGCAUGUGAUCACUAUAAAUCUCGAUGAGUAUGUUGGAUUGAGUUCGGAUCAUCCGCAGAGUUAUUAUCAGUUCAUGGAAGAGAACUUUGACAUCCCGUCCAACCAAUUCCACCUCUUACCUGGCCUACCCAUUCCACCCCACACAACCCCCCAAGAGUCCUGCGCAUCAUACGAAAGUCUGAUCACUUCCCUUGGGGGUAUACAACUCCUGUUCAUGGGUAUAGGUGAAAAUGGUCAUAUAGCAUUUAACGAACCCUGUUCGAGCUUUAGGGGAAGAACGAAGGUCGUGAAGUUGAAUGAGGAUACUAGAAGAGUAAAUGCCCGAUUUUUCGAUGAUCCAAGUGAGGUACCCACCCACGCCCUUUCGAUGGGAAUCGGCACGAUUCUCGAUUCCCAUGAAAUAGUAGUUUUGGCAAUUGGUCAGAAGAAGGCAGAAGCAGUGAGGAAAGCGAUGGAAGAUGGGGUAAACCACUUGUGCCCCGCUUCGGCAUUGCAAUCACAUGAAAACGUCAUUUUCGUCACUGACGACGAAGCUAGUCAAAAUCUGAGAAAGACAACCAAAGAUUACCUGGCUUCUCAAAUCCCAUGCCAACGGGGUUCUAUGACUUCAUCCAUUGGAUGCAUUGAAUGCAUUGGAUACAUUGGAUCCAUUGGACGACCUGUUGUUAGCGGAGAUUGUUGUCGAACAUCUGGUAAUCAAGGUAGAGCGAUCAAUACUAACGAAGAUUCUGAUCCAACGAAACAAGUUGAUCAUUCUGAUAUAACCUUACUUUCCAAAGGUAAGAUCAAAAUCGAUGAGAAAUUGGAUAGUAAAAUUAAUAAUGAUGAUGAUCAAGGCGAUCAAGAUUGUAAUUGUCUUUGA